AUGGUAGGAAGGAUGCGCGGCGGAGCCAUGGAGUUCGAGGACCGCCUGGCCACCCUUCCCCGCGUCCGCGGCGACCUCGACGACGACGGCAAGGAGAGGAGGACAGGGACGGUAUGGACGGCAACGGCGCACAUCAUCACGGCGGUGAUCGGCUCCGGCGUGCUGUCGCUGGCGUGGGCGAUGGCGCAGCUGGGGUGGGUGACCGGGUCGGUGACCCUGGUGCUGUUCGCGGCGAUCACCUUGUACACCUGCGGCCUCCUCGCCGACUGCUACCGCGUGGGCGACCCCGUGACGGGCAAGCGCAACUACACCUACACCGAAGCCGUGAAGAGCAACCUGGGCGGCUGGUACGGCUGGUUCUGCGGCUUCUGCCAGUACGCCAACAUGUUCGGCACCUGCAUCGGCUACACCAUCACAGCCUCCAUCAGUGCUGCGGCCAUCAACAAGUCCAACUGCUUCCACUGGCACGGCCACGACGCCGACUGCAGCCAGAACACGAGCGCCUACAUCAUCGGCUUCGGCGUGGUGCAGGUCAUCUUCAGCCAGCUCCACAACUUCCACAAGCUCUGGUGGCUCUCCAUCAUCGCCGCCAUCAUGUCCUUCUCCUACUCCACCAUCGCCGUCGGCCUCUCCCUGGCGCAGAUCGUCUCGGGCCCCACGGGGAAGACCACCAUGACGGGCACCCAGGUCGGGGUGGACGUCGACUCGGCGCAGAAGGUGUGGAUGACGUUCCAGGCCCUGGGAAACGUCGCCUUCGCCUACUCGUACGCCAUCGUCCUCAUCGAGAUCCAGGACACGCUGCGCUCCCCGCCCGCCGAGAACAGGACCAUGCGCCGGGCCACCAUGAUGGGCAUCUCCACCACCACCGGGUUCUACAUGCUGUGCGGCUGCCUCGGCUACGCCGCCUUCGGCAACGCCGCGUCGGGGAACAUCCUCACCGGGUUCGGCUUCUACGAGCCCUUCUGGCUCGUCGACUUCGCCAACGCCUGCAUCGUCGUGCACCUCGUCGGCAGCUUCCAGCUCUUCAGCCAGCCGAUCUUCGCCGCCGUCGAGGGCGCCGUGGCGGCGCGGUACCCGGGGUCCACGCGCGAGUACGGCGUCGCGGGCCUCAACGUCUUCCGCCUCGUGUGGCGCACGGCCUUCGUGGCCGUCAUGACGCUGCUGGCGAUCCUGAUGCCCUUCUUCAACAGCAUCCUCGGCAUCCUCGGCAGCAUCGCCUUCUGGCCGCUCACCGUCUUCUUCCCCGUCGAGAUGUUCAUCCGGCAGCGCCAGGUGCCGAGGUUCAGCACCAAGUGGACAGCGCUGCAGAGCCUCAGCUUCGUCUGCUUCCUCGUCACCGUCGCCUCCUGCGCGGCCUCCGUGCAGGGCGUGCUCGACUCGCUCAAGACCUAUGUGCCAUUCAAGACGAGGUUGUGA